AUGCACGACCUACGCAAGAAAGCCCUGCUGGAGAGCGGCAAGACCAUGUCUCGCAAGGCUCGCUCACGGCCCGAGUCCGCCCUACACUCGCCCAUGGUGUCGCCUACUCCAUCUCGCGGCGGUUCCCGCGCCCCGAGCCGAUACGCUUCCGAAGACGAAGCAAACUCCAGCUCAGACAACGAACAGAGCGUCGCCAGUUCUUACCAGCUAUCAGAUGGUUCUGAUGAGUACCAGGAUGGAGACGACGACGCCACCGCCGCCCAGCCAUGGGACGAAAGACUCAAGGACAACAUCGUCGGCCUUCUCGAUCGCAAACGCAGCAGCGCUGCCGUUAGAGAGACCAUGCUCAGCGGAUACUGCCACCUCCUCCGCCACAACUAUGCCGAAGGCAGACUCGACGGCCAGAUCAACGACCUUUUACCCAUCAUUAUGAGAAGCAUCCGCGGCGGCAGCACCACAGAGGAAAGUGUUCUUGCUCUCAAGGCGCUCCAGAUCACAACCAUCAGCAUGGAGUCUGACUUCAUAUAUGGCCGCACGUUCCAACACCUCAAGGGUGUCUGCGAAGACUCGGGGGAAGAGAUUGUCAAGACAGAAAGCAUCAUCGCCAUGAGCGUCGCUACAAUGUGCGGCGGUGGCGACGACCACGAUGCAGAGAGCCUGCUCACUUUCUUGACAGAUAUCGUCGCAAGUGAUGGCGCCAGUAUCGACGCACCUGACAAUGGCCCUGUCGUCACUACUGCAUUAGUGGCGUGGGGCUUCGUCGCCAGCCAACUUGACGAUCUGCAAAGCCCGGCCAGCGAAGCCAUGGACGCCUUUAUCGAACAACUCGACAGCACCGACGUCGACGUCCAGAUCGCCGCUGGCUUCAACAUCGCACUCAUCUGCGAAUCCCUCCGCGAAUACGAACAAGAGAAUGGGGAGGUGUGGAGCCUCGAUUACAACAAGCCCCAGCUCAUCAACCGGAUGCGCCUGCUCACAAAGGAGUCAUCGAAGCUCAUCUCGAAGAAGAACAGAAAGCAGCUUCACCAGAGCUUCAAGAGUGUUGUCACCUCACUCGAGCGAGGCAAAGGACCCGGCUAUUCCACUGCCCUGGAUGAGAACGAGCGCGAAUUUGGUUACAGGGAAAAGCUGCGCUUCCAGAACAUCAGCCUCACCAUCGACUCCUGGGCCCUCUCUGUGCGCAUCGAGAUGCUCACAAAAGUUCUUCGCGGUGGCUUGGCUACACACUACACAAACAACCCAGUGGUCAAGGACCUUCUCGACGAGGCGGAAGCCGAGGCUCUCUGCAGACCCAAAAACGGCAAAAAGAACGACACUGCAUCACUAAAGAAGGGUCGCAAGGCCAAGGCUGCCAGGAAUGCAAUGGUUUUUUGA